AUGGCGACAAACAACGUUAAACUGCCGGACUUGAUCCACAAAUGGAUUGAAGUGCAAAAAAAGGUCACUGAAUUGGAACGAACAAAGCCACUCGAUAUUGACGCAAUCAAUUUGACACUCAUGCUGAAAUCGAUGGGCCUGCGGUUACAAUACCUGGACUUCGAAGCGGAAAAAAAUAACACCGAUAAUCUGACGAUCACCGUCAAGUGCAACAAAUCUGGCAUGAGGGCAGAACUGAGCUACGAGUUGCUGCGAUGCAGCUGUCCAGAGAAAAGCGACCGUGAAAGCUCUUUCUGGGAGGUACAAGGAACAGGACCGACGGUGUUUUCAAAGUUUAAGAACAACGCUUCGUCUAAUCUGCUGCCGGACGUUUCGGAAAGCUGUGCACUCGUCUCGAAGGCGAUGCUCUCGAACCUCUUGGACUUUUACGAGUCCAGUAUUCGGGAGGUGAAAGAAGGGAAGGAACAGGCCAUGUUGCAUUCUCCAUUGAAAUCUCCGCGACCCAAGGUGAGCGUCAUCAGUCCAGGGUUGACGAUGAAAAAACCUUUCUCAACGCCUCCGGCCGAAGGAAAAUGUUCAUCCCGUAUUGACAUAGCAUCGGGUGCUUGCAACCUAGGAGAGGAUAAGCUAAAGAACGAGGAAAUUGAAGAAAAAAAUCACGGAAAGGAUGAUACGAUUCCUAAUAGCUCAUCUUCACUAAACCGUCAAUCAGGAGAGGGAGAUACUAAAUCGAACACAUCAUCCGAGAGCGUGGGCAUAAAUAAUAAAACCCAUGAGAUGUUGAAUACUGAACAUCCCGUAAACAAACCGGUGGUCGAUGCGAUCCUCAGUCCCGCACAUACCAGUGUGGCAGAUGACAACGCGUACGAGGCUAUGAAAACGCUCGUCACUUCGAGCCCGAAUGAUAAACCUGCCGAUACGCCCGACUCUCAGCUUGAUCGUGAUCGAAACGUUAUCAGCUAUCUACAGGAAGCUCGUAGCCAGAUUGAUAUGGCUUUACUACUGAUGAAGAUUAACACUACGCAGGACGUUUCGAAUGGGUUCGGUGGCACCAUUACUCCUCAGCAUGCAUCUUCCAUAUCGAGAAAGCCGCUCGUUUCUACUCCCAAAUUUGCACAACCCCGUUCCAGCUCGUUGCUGAGCAUCGAACGAAGACGUCCACCGGUUGAUGUUGGAACGGUAAAAAAAAUCUCAUCUGCAUCUACGCUCCAGUCCGUCUCACGAUUGUCCAUUGGGAGUGGUACAGGACGUGCGGACACACCAAGACCUUCCGUGGCGCAAUUGAAAUCAGUUGCUGCAUUACGUAAACCCGUCGGAAUGAGACCGCCACCUUCAUUAAGCGGAUCACCACAAGUACAACAAACUCCGGUUGGUUUGAAAAAACCGUCCACAGGUUCUAUUGGUUUGCUAUCAAGCCAAAGAAAACUAUUGCCACCGACAACUCCCACAACAUCCGGAAGGACAAUUCCCAAAACAGUGGCGUCUGGACGACAACCGUCGGGCGCAGGCUUUAUUCAACGAUCGUCUAGCGCGUCUUAUAUAAGCAAAAAAUAG